GACCCAUCACACAAUGUUUCCUUGAUUGUUUUUCUGUAAAUUAUUUAGUGUUGUUAUUUUAUAUUUUUGUUGAAGUCUUUAUUUUUAAAAUAAUAUUCUUAAACCAUGAAGUUUCUAUUAAUCUUAGCUUUCAAAGUGUUGUUUUAUCUACACGUCGAUUGUGUUGUUUCAAGUGAAUCCGUUAUUUUCGUAAACUUGCUGUGGAGGCACGGGGAGAGGACUCCAGUAAGCUUUCACUACAGCAGCCCUUACCAUGACAAGAAGUACUGGCCUGAGGGACUGGGGCAGCUUACAAACACAGGCAAGAGGCAGCAGUACGAGCUAGGCCGGUGGCUGAGACAGCGCUACGACCACCUUCUUACAGACCAGUACAGCCCAGACCUGGUGCGUGUCCACAGCACUGAUGUGGACAGGACCCUCAUGAGUGCCCAGGCCAACAUGGCGGGUAUGUUUCCUCCCAAGGGUCGUCAGGUGUGGGAGACGAGUCUUCCCUGGCAGCCUGUCCCCAUACACACUGCACCCGAGGAUGUAGACAGGAAAAGUUCUGCUGGGGACGGAGGCGUGAUUGACUUAACGUAUAUCCACGAUACCUGGGAUUCGCUGACUAUUGAGAAGAGAAAUGGCUAUUCCUUACCAAAGUGGGCUGAGCCCAUUAUGCCACGAUUGCACGAGAUUGGAAAGUACAGAUUUCUCAUUGAAACUUGCACGAAGAAACUAGGCCGUCUUAAGUCAGGUUUACUCAUCGAAGAGAUUGUAGAAAACCUGAGGAACAGGACGGAACAGCUGAGCAGUAGAGUGGCCAACAUCUACUCUGGUCAUGACACGACUAUCGCCAACCUCCUACAUACCCUGGGGGUGUACGACGGAGAGGUGCCUCCCCUGGCCUCCUGUGUGAUGGUGGAGCUCAGGCAGAACCACGGCCGACACUUUGUCACGAUUUUCUACCGCAACUCCACCACCGAGGACCCCCAUCUUCUGACACUUCCUGGAUGUGCUCCUGCUUGUCCCUUGGACAGGUUCUUCUCCCUCACCAAGCCAUUGAUACCUGAGGACUGGGACAAAGAAUGUCAGGAGUCGUAGAACAUCCACCUGGUGGUCAUGUAUGCCACUAAUGAGUUAAAUACUUAAAUAGGUAAAAUAAGUUACCUUAGUUAAAUUGCCCUUUUCAAAUACACUGACAGAGUAAAUUGUUCUAACGAUUCAAACGAAUCUUGUUAUUUUAUAGAUUUUAAAUGCUUAUUCAAUUUGUAUCAUUUUGAAAAGUAACAAUUUUUCAUAAUGUGCAUUUUUUCUAAUAAAAAAAACUCACAGGUUUUGUGUAACGUAAAAAGUUAAUUUUUACUAACUAAAUUAUUUACUGAACUUUACAGGGUUUACUUAUUUUGUAAUUAUCUGGUUCAUUGAGAAAGGUUGUACUUGUUCAAAACUUAGGAAUGUAAUUGUAGCAUAUCACAGUUACACCAAUUAUGUUAGUGCGAUAAUUCAUAAUUAUCAUUGGAAAAUAAAUAUAUU